UUAAAAUAACAAAGUAACUAACUCCGAAUUGUCACGGUCAAACACGGACGAGACACCAUUUGAAAGACUGGACACUCUUCUAUCCCAUCAUGCUUACAGGCUUGAUUUGAAAAAUACACCUUCAAUCGAACGUUGCAAGCAAUUUGAGGCUGUAAAUAGAGUAUAAUUUCAAACCAACACGCUUUUGAUCGGCUGGCUGGUAUCAUUGCGCUUGGAGGCUUGAGUUAGCUCAUAAAUGUUAAAGAACUAACGAGGAGUAAACAAAACAUACUCGGAGAAUGGGAAACACUGGUUUAGGAAAACAUAAGGAUGUGCACACUUCAGAUUCUACAUUAGAAUUUGAAACUGGCAAGAAGAUGUUCCCCAGUGGACAGGAAGCAAAAAUGGUUUCAUCAGCAAAAGAGUCAGAUUUUGAUGAUCAAAGUGAGUUUGAUUUCGAUGAUGACCUCAUGGAACCAGAGCCUCCGCUAAAGAGGACUGUGCCAACAGUGUUUGGUUGGGAACAUGGUGGCAGAGAAGUCUUACUCUCUGGAAGUUUUAAUGAUUGGAAAACAAGAAUUCCAAUGAAUCUUAGCCAAGGAGAAUUCUCAGCCAUACUUGAACUGCCCGAGGGGGAGCACGAGUACAAGUUUUGUGUGGAUGGCCGCUGGAUCCAUGACCCAAAUGCUCCAACCACAAAUGACAAUUUUGGAGGUAGAAACAACGUGAUCAAUGUUAAGAAGUCUGACUUUGAAGUGUUUCAAGCUCUGGAGUCUGAUGCCAGUGCAAGUAUCGGUUCAGCUGGAUCAAUCAAAUCAGUAUCAGGAUCUCCUCCUGGUUCCUACGGCCAACUAAUCCCAUCGCAUCACAACCCAGUUAUUGUGCAAGAUGGCAUGCACUCCAGUGUACCUCCAGUUCUUCCACCUCACCUUCUCCAUGUAAUACUCAACAAAGAUGUAGUGGAUCACAAUGAUCCUUCCCUUUUGCCAGAACCAAAUCAUGUGUCACUAAAUCACUUAUAUGCACUCUCUAUCAAGGAUGGUGUUAUGACAUUAAGUGGAACACAUCGCUUUAGGGAGAAAUAUGUUUCAACAUUGCUGUACAAACCAAUUUAAGUAAUAGGACACAAAACUUGUCAAAAGACACUGAUAGUAUGUUGAUGUUCACUGAAGGUGGAUUGAAACUACAGACUUUUUGUAAGACAGACACAAUGUCUGAACUCUCAGUCACCUUGACUUGCUAUCAACCCAGCAACAAUACUUGGGUUGCAAAGUUUACCUACUAGAAAGCCAGAAAGAAUAGAGAUUUUGUCUGCACAGGCUGCCAAUUACUUACUAACCUGGCUUACUUUUGCUGCAUCACUGAAAGGUUGUGAGAACUGACAAGCUUAUCAGCAAGAGGGUGUUUUCUUGAUAUAGGACCAAAUUCUGCUGUUUAAUUAAAAAGGAAAUAUAUGGCAAGCAGUGGGGAGGAUUGAUUAUUAGAUUGUGGGGAUAAAGGGACAAAGAGGUGUAUUUUUAUAUCUUGCCACUCCUCUGAAGGGAUGUCAUUAGAAAGAAGAGACCAUGUCACCAAAAGUACUUUCUAAUAAUUACUGUAACAGUUUGGUGCUUGGAACAAAACCCUUUAUGACUAGCUGUAAAUUUUAAUUCUCAGUUUUACAUGCAAUAGAUUAAAAAAAAAAAUGUGAAAGAAUCUCUCUGGGGUCAUUAGGGAUUUUUUAAGCAUCUCUUCAAUAAGUGAUCUUGUGUACAUAAAGAAUUAAUUUUUUAUGAUAUGCAUUGAGUAACUUUGAUUUCUUUGCAUCAUAAUUGACUUUUUUUUCCAAAAUGGACUAAAUAAAAAGGAGGGGGGUACACAUUUUUUCAUUUUCUUAUUUUAAUUUGGUAAGAAAAGCAUUGAACAAACAAAAUCCUAUCUUUCAUUUUUAUAAAUCUGUAGCGGGGCUCCCAUGCGCACAAAGCGCAUGGGGCAGAGCCCCAUACCCCUGGAAUAUGGUCAACCUCUUUUAAUUUGGUUGUCACGUGACUGACUGAGCGUGUGUACGUACGGGCCUUCAGAAUGCACAGGUAGGGUGGGGGAGACUAUCAAAAUGAAGGGAGGGGUGUCUCAGGCGAGUCUUGGCAAAUGCACCUCUUUUAUGUUAUCAUUAACAUUACGAACUUGGGAGCUCCGCUUUUAGGCUUGGCUAAAUCUAUAUAUUAAUCAUUAUAAGAACUAUCGUCGCAAUUUGAAUGCAAUGCGAUGAGACAAGCAAGCAAUACAAUUCCAUCACAUUAUUGAUGGGAGUUUAAUGUUCCAAACUAGCAGAGAAAUGCAAAGUGAUUAUGAUAAUAGCCAUUUGUUGUGUUGAAGUUGUACAGUAUUUUUCAGUCAGAGUAUUUUCUUUAUUUAUGGAAAAAGUAAAGAUGAGGGGAAGAUUAUUCUGAAUUAGGGGUCGUGUCUGUUCUCAUUACCUAUUUCUUUGUUAGCAUUUGACUUUUUCUAAUAAGGUGCAUUGUGGGUAAAUGUUAGGUUAGCAGGGGCAUAGCCUAAGAAAGUUCAACUUUUAUUUCAAUGUUUGCAAGAGUCAUAUUGUAAAACUCAAGCAGGUGGAAGAAAUAGGACUAGACCUACAGGCUGGCUAGGCCCCUAGUUAGGUUUUUAGUUCAUAGAAAUAAAAAUUAAUCUAAGAGCUUCUUAGAGACCAUUUGAA